AUGCUCGGCCUUGGCACCGCGGGCAGCGUCGUGCAAGCCGCGACAACGAUUGCCAGCUGGCCGCUCCUGGUGCUGCUGCUCUGUCUUCUCGGCCAGUGGCCCGUCGCGGAAGCUGACAUCCGCUGCCACUGCAACCUGGCGCCGUGCGUGUCUACGGGCUACAUGUGCAAGUCCGAGCUGGGGCUCUGCUUCUCGGAGAACGUCAAGAUGACGUCGUCGGUCUUAAACGUCGCCGCGACGACGGCGCCGCGCCACGGCUGCGUCGAUCUCGUGGCCGACGUCGCAGACGACGCCGCCAACUACGGCUGCAAGGAACCCGACGGCGCGCCUUCGACGAUCUCGGAGACUCGGUUGUCUCCUGAAGGUCGGCAGUGCUGCAGCGAUGACAUGUGCAACUUCCAGAGGGAUUUCCAGGAGCCUGGUGCUUCCGAAUCGCGGACCAGGGGAGGCGUCGAGCAGCACUCCUGCCUCACUGACGCGCCUGGUGUGGUUCCGGGCGGCGGUAAUCGCGGUGCCCAUCGCGGGCGGCUCGGUGCUCGUGCUGCUCGUGCUGCUAGGCCGCCCGUCUGCUGCGCAAGGACAGCGAGCUUCCGUCCACGGCCUCCGCCAACUUCCACGAGGCGCUGCACAAGGGCCGGCACCGAGGUCUGCUGCACGCAUGUCUACUGCGCCGAUGCUGCUGCUGCCUAAGCGGUGACGGCGCCGCCAACGCCACGGACAAGGGUGCUGUCGUGCUUCGUCUAGCGUGCAGUUCCGUGCAGCAUUCGAGAAGAAUGCGCGCGCGGUCAGCAGGAGGGCUUCCAGCAUCGUUACCACACCACCUUCGUCACUAGUGCUCUUUUAUCGCGCCUCUUCUUUUAUUUAUUCCUUCGUUGUGCCUUCUAUACGUUGCUGAGAGACGUUUCCGCCCCGUGGUGCCAAAGUGGGCUUGCUUCAAAGAGAGAUGUUGCUUGUUAGCUCGUACUGGAGUCUGGCACUGAACUGCCGCCGAAGCCGCCGUGUUAGGUGAACAGCCACUCACGUUUGUAGUUCACAAUUUUGCAGUAU